AUGGUCGCCGAGAAGCAAACUGCCCAGGUCGGCGAGACUAGGGCCAGGAACAGCACGGAGAUAGACACAGUGCGCCUGGAGGCUGCUCUGGGCCAUAAACAGGAACUGGUGCGGAAUUUCGGGCUUUGGAGUGUGACAAGCUUGGGGAUUGUGAUUGCCAAUUCAUGGGCCGCAACCGGCGGCACAAUUGUGACUGCACUCAUGAAUGGAGGCCCGAUGGCUCUUCUCUAUGGCUUGAUACUCGUGAGCGUCUUCUAUACGGCGAUCUCGGCCUCGCUAGCCGAAUUGGCAUCUUCUAUGCCCUCCGCAGGCGGAGUAUAUUACUGGUCCACAGUAUUAAGUGGGAAGUAUGGCCGCACCGCCGGAUUCUUUACAGGUUACCUUAAUGCCUGCGCCUGGCUCCUCUCGGCCUCGUCGAUGAGUUCCAUGCUAGGCAAUGAAGCGGUGGCCAUGUAUUUGCUUCGGCAUUCUGACGUCACUUGGCAGUCCUGGCAGGUGUUUAUUGUCUUCCAAAUUGUCAAUUGGACAUGCUGUGCAAUAGUAUGCCUAGGGAAUCGAUUUAUCCCUUUGAUUAAUCGAAUCGCGCUGGUCUUAUCAAUGACCGGGCUCUUUGCAACCGUGGUGGUCCUCGCCGCGAUGCCAAAGAAACAUGCGAGCUCUUCGCAGGUCUGGACGCAAUACUAUAAUAUGACUGGCGGCUGGUCCGAUGGGUUGUGUUUUAUCACGGGGCUACUUAACGCUGCCUUCGCCGUGGGGGUUCCUGAUUGUAUCAGUCACUUAUCUGAAGAGGUUCCUAAGCCACAAAUCAAAGUCCCCCAGGGUAUCAUGAUACAAAUGUUGACAGCCUUCACUACCUCCUUCGUUUAUCUGAUUGCCCUUUUCUAUUCGAUCCAGGAUAUCGAUAUGGUCUUCAAUACCAACGUGGGCUACUUUCCUACUGCUGAAAUCUACCGACAAGCUACAGGAUCCACCGCAGGUGCCAUUGGACUCAUCGCUGUGCUCUUCCUAGCUACCUUCCCAACCCUAGUCGGCACGUUUGUGACUGGCGGACGGAUGUGGUGGAGUUUAGCCCGGGACAACGCAACCCCUUUCUCGAACUAUUUUGCGCAGGUCCACCCUACGUUAGACACUCCCGUCCGUGCCACCGUCGCUAUGAGUGCUCUAGUUACCUGCAUCGGCUGCAUUUACGUCGGCAGCACAACAGCCUUCCAGGCCCUCAUCUCGUCCUUUAUCGUGCUGAGCACUCUAUCUUACUUGGGUGCUAUCCUCCCCCAUGUGUUGACUGGCCGUCGGAACAUAGUCCCUGGGCCCUUCUAUAUGGGCAAGACCCUGGGAAUGGUGGUGAAUAUCGUCUCGUUGGUGUAUAUCAUAGUCACUGUGAUAUUUUUCUGCUUCCCAUUCGUAAUGCCUGCCACCGUUGGAAACAUGAAUUAUACAAGCGUCAUCACUGUCGGUUUGAUGACAUUGACUGCAUUGUGGUGGUUCGGCUUCGUCCGUGGGAGGACCGAGUACCGAGGUCCACACUACAGCUUCGAGACUGCCAAGCAAUUGACGUGUGUUCAAGCAAACAAGGAGAGCGGCAGUCCUGUAAUUGCGCUCCCGAAGGAGUCCACGGCAGCUGCCCUUGAUAGGCAUGCGCUGAUGGAAUGA